CACACACCAACCGCCCAUCCGUACACCUUCAAUCUCUCGACAUGAUAUACACCACCCAGAUAGUGAGGCUCGACGGCCUCACGCUCGUGGCCUCUGUCGACGACUCGCAGAUCCAAGAGGUCACAGAUCUGAAGCAGAACAUUCGACAGGUCAUCAAGAAGCUCUCACCCUCCUCCGAACCUCGUGCGUCCAUUGAGAGCUCGAAAUACACCAUCCACUACGUCUUGAACGACGCCGUCGCCUACCUGGCUAUCACCGAGCGCUCAUAUCCCAAGAAGCUUGCUCUUACAUACCUUGAGGAUGUCCGCGCAGAGUUCCAGACGUCGUACAAGCGAGAUGAAAUCCACGACCCGCAACUUCGACCGUACCAGUACUCCGAGUUCGAUCGCUUCAUCGAGCGCACGAAGAAAACAUAUCAAGAUUCGCGCGCAACCGACAAUCUCGGCAGACUCAACGACGAGCUGAAGGACGUGACCCAGGUCAUGACCAAGAAUAUCGAGGACCUGCUCUAUCGUGGAGACUCGUUGGAGAAGAUGGGCGACAUGUCUUCUCGCUUGCGGGAUGACUCUCUCAAAUACAAACGGGCCGCUGUGCGCAUCAACUGGGAACUUCUAUUAAAGCAGUAUGGUCCUUUUGCUGGUCUUGGACUGGUAAUCCUACUUUUGCUCAUCUGGCGAUUCUGGUAACAGAAUACCAUCCGUUUGCCUUUAAUUCUUGGUUGGGUUUCAGGCAUAGCGCGGAGUUCAGGACAGUAAUUGGCGCAGCCUUGCAUAGAAACACGUGGAAUUCUGACCGGGCGACGUGUCCUCAUGGCAAUAAUUAAGGCUGGUAGAGCUCUGCAGAGUCCCAUGAUGAUUGAGGGAGCUGAAUUGCUUAGGAGUUUGCCAAUACCUCUGGCAUUUGGGCACUUUGCCGCUGGGAGUACAAUACCCAUCCCCUCCUCGGAUGUGGCCUCCAAUACAGCACUUUCAGGGCUCAUUCUCACGGCGUGGUACACCACGGCAUGGUCUGCACUAGACCAGGAUAUCCUGGCCUGGCUCACACCUGGCAGCCCACGGCGCAGAACAUCGAAAGAACCAAGAGACAACGCAGUAAGCUAGAUUAAAGCUGCCGGCGUCUGUUUCCGCGGAAUUGCGUUGUGAACCAAUUACGCACGGCCGAUGCUAGUCUUCGGCCUCUGUGAUCUCAGUUUGGGGAGGGCGACUAAUAUGCAUACUUGGUCAAAUCCACGCCACGGCAACAGCGCAGAUGUAAUAUGAUGCAGUUCUUCCAAGUUCAAGGGCAAGGCGCAGUGUAGUCAAUUAGUUCGUUGCCGCCUUAUUCGAUCUCAUAGACAUUCAAAAGGCAGCCUAUUAUACCCCGAGCACCACCGCAGGCGCUCAUGACUACCUAGCUGCUCGACAGGCCGCAUACAAGAUACUCCAGACAUGCUCAGCCUCCAAAUUGGUCGCCCCGACCUCUGCCAGCUCUAGUGUUGAUAUCAACAAACUGCAAGAAAAGGCUCGGAAGAGUGGUGGGAACUACUUGGCUCAUCAAGGCACAUUGCGGUGAGCUAGGGCACUAUAAGGUAGAAAAUCCAGGUGGUGACACAGGCGAGUCUGGUAUGUGAUAGACAUGGAAAAGGG